CAGAAAACCUUCACAAGUCAAGCUGUCAGCAUGGACCAAGACAUGGUUGGAUACAUUGUUCUCCUGGUGAUUGUCACCCUCCUAAGUGUCAUCCAAAAUGCCUUUUUUGCAAGCAAAGUCGAACAAGAAAGCAAAAGCAGCACAGGCAAAACGAAUCAGAAGUGCUGUCCAUCUGCUUUUGAACGUGUCUUUACUGCCAACCAAAAUUGCAGAGAUGCGUAUCCUACCUUUCUUGCUGUCCUUUGGUGUGCUGGCCUGCUGUGUAGCCAAG